UACCCUUUUCGCGACUGCCUACCUCGCCAGCAUGGCCUCAACCGCCCUCAUCGACGCCGAUAUGGCGCCGACGCUCCAGUCGAUUCUCGACCAGAAGACACUGCGCUGGAUAUUCGUUGGCGGAAAGGGUGGUGUGGGCAAGACCACGACGUCUUGCUCGCUCGCCAUCCAGCUGGCCAAGCACCGCAAAUCCGUCCUCCUCAUCUCGACCGACCCUGCGCACAAUCUGUCCGACGCCUUCAACCAGAAGUUUGGCAAGGAUGCGCGGCUCGUCAACGGCUUCGACAACCUCAGCGCCAUGGAGAUUGACCCCAAUGGCAGUAUACAGGACUUGCUAGCGAGCGGAGCAGAAGAGGGUCAAGACCCCAUGGCUGGCCUUGGCGGAAUGGGCAGCAUGAUGCAGGAUCUGGCCUUCAGCAUACCCGGUGUCGACGAAGCCAUGUCGUUCGCCGAAGUGCUCAAGCAGGUCAAGUCCAUGUCGUACGAAGUCAUCAUCUUUGACACGGCGCCCACAGGACACACGCUCCGCUUCCUCCAGUUUCCCACGGUCAUGGAGAAGGCCCUUUCCAAGGUCUCUCAGCUGUCGCGCCAGUUCGGCCCCAUGCUCAACUCCUUCCUCGGCUCGUCAGGAAGACUGCCUAACGGACAGAACAUGGAUGAGCUGAUCCAGAAGAUGGAGGCGCUGCGUGAGACGAUCGGCGAGGUCAAUGGGCAGUUCAAGGACGCCGAUCUCACGACGUUUGUCUGCGUCUGCAUUCCAGAGUUUCUCAGUCUGUACGAGACGGAGCGCAUGAUCCAAGAACUCAACAGCUACGAGAUUGACACGCACUCAAUUGUUGUCAACCAGCUGCUGUUUCCCAAGGAAAGCAAUCCUUGCGAACAAUGCAACGCGCGGCGAAAGAUGCAGAAGAAGUAUCUCGACCAGAUCGAGGAAUUGUAUGACGAAUUCAACGUCGUCAAGAUGCCGCUGCUGGUUGAGGAAGUACGCGGCAAGGAGAAGCUGGAAAAAUUCAGCGAGAUGCUCGUCAAGCCAUUUGUGCCUCCGCAGUAACGCCGCACGACGUGCGCGGCAUUUCGCGUGCGCGCACCCGAGCCGAUGAAUUUCCACCCGGGACCACUUCGGGGCUCAAGCGCAGAACCUACUCCUCUUCUUUCGCCGACCACUGACCGUUUUCCUGAUGGAACGACGCCCAAUACCAUUCAAUUUUUCCACGGGUUUGCGUCUUUCCCCCACACUCCACGAUUCAAGCAAGACGGACAAUUGUACCUUUAGCGACUAGCUCCGGUCCACGGCAGCCAGAAUAUAUGAACAAACUCG